AUGUUUCUGGGUGAGAGAAGCGAGGCGAGGCAGGUCUCGGUCCUGAUGGGGGUGUUUAACAACAAUUCCAAUACUCGGAACCAGUAUGCUUCCCAGCUCACUCCGCCCGAAGACUGUCCCUUGAAUUCGUACACUAUGGGACCCGCAGGCGCUGGAGCGGGGAUUCCGGCCUGGAUGGAAAUAUGGGACUACGCCGGCGGGUGUUCGUUCAGAGCCUUCCUUGCCGAGAACGUCGCUGCUGGUGAGGAGGACGGGGUGGAAUCCAGAACCCUGUUUGUCUUUUUCGACCGCGAUGUGUUGGCCGAUGGUCCGCUUGGUUGCUCACACAUGGUGAUUGCCAUUGAGCGAUGCAUCCAAGAAGAAGACGCCAAACCUUUGACCAAGGGCCUGCAGUGGGCUGGCUUUUCCUUGACGACGUUGGACUUUUGGUCCUCGGGUUACGAUGUGAUUAGUAGCAAGUGGCUUUUCAUGGGCAUGGAGCUUUAA